CUGAAGCCCUAGGUGGGGGUAGAGGAUAUUUGCUGGUAGUAGGGCUACUUAUGGUUCUUGACUGACUUACAGGUUUGGAAUUGAUUUGGCUGAUUUGGCUUGGAACACAAAAAAAAUUCUUUUUUUUUUUUAAGUGUAGGACACUGCAGCUGACUAUUCAGCACCCUCCACUUUUGGACCAGUUCAGCAGAGCCAGGCACAUAUCUACCCCAGAGAGACUCUGAGUGCAGCCCCGGCAUCAGCUGGUGCCUUGCCACCGACUUCCCUGGGGCUGACCCACUCAUGUUCAUUGACAUCAGACCAACUGGCAGGUGUAGUCCUAGCCACGUUUUGUGGGGAGUUAACCACUGGGAUUAGGGAUGCUGUGAGCUAUUUAUCACUUGGAGAAUAAAAGGCCACUUCCAACAAGGACAGGAGUUCUGAGCUGGGCACAGGAGUUGUUGGUGGAUUCUGGGGCUGGCGCUGCAUGGGAGCUGUUGAGAUAGAUGGUCACAGUGACAGCUUCGGGCCUUAAAAGCUAGGCACAGCCUAAUGCAUGCAGUUCAUUUCUGGGGUUCAUCCCUGGACAUCUGGGUUCAGUUCUCAGCAAUGCUAUUGACUUCAUCUCUAGCCUCAGGUAUGUCACUCAGUCCAGUGUUUUCAUAAAGGUCAAUGAUAUGGGGCAUACGGUGGGAAAACACUUAUCAGGUGGGAAAACACUUGGAGCUUCCAGCUCCUCUGAGAAGCACUUUUGGAAUAAUUUCCAUCCUCUGUCACAGACUGAGGCAGUGAAAUUGCACACCAGAACCCAGCCAAAGCCCAAGGGAUUUGGGUGAUAUCUUUUCAGUCUUCUGGCUGUCCUGGUGACUUCUAAAAGAAAAGAGGACAUCUCUUACUAUUCCCUGCACACAAAGAGCCCAAGGCGCAGAGCAGGUGCAAAGCUGAAGGAAAGACUGACAGUGACCUCUUCUGGAGAAACACUGAUGUGCACCCACAUGGUCACAAAGAUGAAAGUCUCCUACAGACAGGCCUUCCCUUCCCUGAUCAGAGGGCCAGGCUUGAAGGGUAGUGCCCAAGGAGCUGUGCUUGGGCCAGACUGCAGGAAGCACAGCUCCGUUCCCACAGACCCAGUGAGCACAGUGCAUGAUGGCACCAGGAGACGCCUUCAGAGAUUCUGGUUCUGCUGACAUGCUCGGGGCCCAGGGACUGUCACCUAGAGCUAUUCACCUUCAGGCUGCUGGCUGGCAAUGAGGAGGAAGCUCUGCCUCAACCUGAAAGGGGUAGUUUGCACUGGCAGCUGCAGGGCCAGGAUUGAGAUGCCCUGGAUGGGGGCAUCUAAUAUAUUUAUCUGAGGGGAGCUGAGCAGGAAGAAGAGAUUGGUGGGAGAGGAAGGGGGAGAAGCCCUUUCCACUGGUGUUGCCUUCCAUGGCCCUUCGUCCAUCUCCCAAAGUGUGAGGGCCAUGGCAAUAUCCUCAGCUCCACAGCAUGGGAAGGAGGCUUCGUUUAGGGCUCAGGUGGCCUGGGAGCAGUGGGCUAGUAAUCUAGCCUUCAGUCAUGCCUCCACUCCCCUGGGGGGAAGGGAACCAGAGACACACAGCUUGUCCAGGAGGGUCAGCAGUAGGGCUGGGAACUGAAAGUAGGAGACUGGGUUCCCAAGCUCUGGCUCUGAUCACUGGACCCCGCUGCCCAGGAGGAGUCCCGUUAACCCUUUCUCCCAAAGCUCACUGCAGAGGAGGAGCUCCAACCAUGGUGUGGGAAGCCCAAAUGAGGCUGUGGCUGCUGGGCUGCAGGUGCCAGGUGGCUCAGGAGAAGUGGGUAUCUGGGUGAAAACCUUUCUACCCCAUCUCCUCGCAGCAGCCCAGUCUGGUCGGCUCUGGGACCUGAGUGAGGAGGCAGCAUCCCAUGUGACCUGCAGCAGGGUGGGGAAGUGGCUGACAGCUUCACCUGUUGGUUGGAGCAAAGAGAUUGGGAACCAGGUGCACUGGGCUCUCUCUGUUGCCAGCUCUGAACAUGCUUGGCUAAGUCACAUCCCCUCUCACCUCAGUUUCCCUUCUAAUAACAUUCAGCUGCACUCAGCCUCCGCAACUCUCAAAGCAGCUCAGGAUGGCCUCCCUUCUACCUCAGACACGAACAGUGAGGCAAGGUGGCAGGGAGUAAAUGACUUUGCCUUGGUUGCAUGGCAGUUCUGCUGCAGACCCUGGGAACUGCAGCCAGGUCUCCGGACACCAGGCUGCCAAGCACUGGGAAAGCCUUGGAGCAGUAGCAUGUAGAGGAGCCCAAGGUGUUCCACAAUCUCUCCUCAGCCCCAUGAUCCCCACCAGGCCAGCUGCACCCCACCCCUCAUGCUCCCCACUCAUUGAGGUGUGCUGUAGCAGCAGAGCACCAAGGAGCUCUGGAUGGGCUGAGAGCCUAUGCAGGUGCAGAUGCAGGCAUUUCUACCUCUCCUCCCAGACACACAUGGUACAGCACUGUGGCUAACAUCCAGGUGGGUCCUGAUACAUUAGCCACAGGUCAUGGCAACCAGCAGAGAACACCCAGACUAUCUGUCUGUCUGUCCUUCCCCCAGGCCCUCUACUUCAACUGGAGAUGAGUGUGCACCACAAGCUCCUGUCCCUUUAAAUGUUGAUUGCCCCUGUGCCUUUAAAAUGGGGCAUGGGGCCCAAGACCUCUCACCCCACUGGACAAGGUCAGAGAGGAAGGGGUGGGGGCUGCAAUUGCUGUUGCUCAAGGGAUUUCCUUGGCAUUUUAAAGUUGCUUCCCCUUGCUGAGAGCUUGUCUUGCUCUGCCCCCACCCCAGGCCAGUGGAGUUUUUAUGCUGUAGUCAGAGGAGCACCUAGCACUAGGUUCCUAGGGGCUGAGUUUUAAUCCUGAAGGGUUUCCUUUACUGCUAGUGAGGAGCAGAGAGCUACAUUGCCUGAUUCCUUUGACCAGCAAGUGGCUGCAGGGACCAGCAUGAGAACAGCUGAGUGAAAGCAGAGGAAGGACCCUGGGAGUCAGCCAGUGCUAGGGAGAAAGCUUCUACCUUCCUGUGGAGGAGAAGGAAGAUGUUUUAGCUGUUUGGGGGAUCUCCUAACAACUGCCCCCAAAGCCUCCCUGCUGCCACAGUCCUAGCACCCCAUCCUGCUCCCCAGCCCUGAGUGCAAUGGGCGCUCUCUGCUCCCUCUGGGGUUUGUUGCUCUUUGCUGUGCUGUUUUCCUUGGAUCUGAGCUGGGGUGAGGAGGAGAAGGAGCUGAGUGCCCUGGCUGGGACACCUCCCAUGCCCCUCAUCCAGGAGUUGAUGGAGCAGGCUCCCACUGCCCGGCCCCAGGGUCGCCUGAAGAAAAUGACUGGUGGGCAGCCAUUGCGCUACAUGCUCAACCUGUACCGGAGCUUUGCUGACCACAAUGGGCGACCCCGCCAAGACUAUCGACUGGACACCAAUGCUGUGCGCCUGGUCAGGCCCUCGGGCAAGAGGAGGCAGUCUGGAGCAAGCCCCUGGCGCGCACAGACCCUUGACUACCACCUGAAAGUCCAUCCUGAGGUGGAGCACCUGGUGAAAGUUGCUGUAGUUUAUUCACAGACUCUGUCGACAGCUCAUGCUCAGGUUCUGUGCACAGUUGAGCUGUCUGGAAAAAAUGGCGAUCCAAAGCUCCCUCUCAACCCUGUCUUGCCUCAGAGACGCGUGAGGAACAACACCAUCCUCCCUAAGAAGAACGGCUGGGUAGAAAUGGACAUCACCUCUCACCUUCAGCCAUGGGCCUGGGACACCAAGAAGAGCCAGUUACUCAGCGUCAGUCACAUGUGCACCAGGCUGGGAUUGGAAGGAGGCUGGGAUGGGACUGUUUCCCUGAAUGACCCCUUCCUUUUGCUCUACUUGAAUGACACCCGGAAAGGCCUCCAGGCGAAACUAGGGAAAGCUUCCUCGGAAGAGACUCCAUCUGGGACUGUGCGGACUCGCAAGGUGCGCCAGGCAGGCAACAUUGUCCUGGAUCUGCCCAGCUACCUCCAGAAGAACAGUAAUGAGAAAGAUGAGUGUUCUCUGCACUCCUUCCGGGUCAGUUUUGCUCAGCUGGGCUGGGACCACUGGAUUAUCGCCCCCCACAGCUACAACCCCAAGUACUGCAAAGGCAACUGCCCCCGAAUCCUACGCUAUGGCUACAACUCGCCAAAUCAUGCCAUUGUACAGAACUUCAUUAAUGAGCUGGUGGACCAGAGUGUGCCCCGGCCUUCCUGUGUGCCCUAUAAAUACAGCCCCAUCAGCGUCCUGAUGAUUGAGCAGAACGGCAGCAUCCUCUACAAAGAGUAUGAAGACAUGAUAGCAGAGUCCUGUACCUGCAGAUAGUUAGUGGUUCAGCUAUUGAGGGCUCUAUGUCUACUGACAGUAACAUAUUACCUGAAGCUUUGAUCCUCUUUUGGGGGAGGGGGCCCAACCAGACCUGGUGCCUCCAACUUCACCCUCUCUUGUGAGCCAAUUGCCCAGCUUUCUGAGCAUGUUUAUUCUGCAUGCCUCUAAACAGGCUAUCUUCUUUGUGUUUUUUUUUUUUUUUUUUUUUUUUUCUGACAGCCACAUCAAAUGGGAUCCAAGUUUUGGGUUGGGUUUGGUUUGUGGUUUUUUUUUGUUUUUUUUUUUUAAGGAAGUUGGUCCAUCUUCUCUUUCUUGAUCCUUUUCCCCUCCAUCUUCCAUUGCACAACGGACACUGAGUGGAGAUAUUUUACAAGUGGAUUUUUAUGCAAAUAGCAGGUUUUUAAAGAAAAGAGCAUGCUGAGCCCUGAGCUGAGGGACUGUGACAACUUUUUUUUCUUUUUUUGUUUUUUUGGGGUACUCUCCUCCCUGCUGGCAAUGUGGGGAGCUUUACGGGAACUGACUGGAAGCACAAGUUCCAAGUGGCUCUGCUUUUUGGAGGGGAGAUGGACUGGCAUGUGGAGAGGAUGCUGUUUGUCAGCUGGGCUUCUGUCUGAUGCUCUUUACACUUCCAUUUCUUAAGUAGGAUGGGUCUGUCUGCUACAGGAAAAGCUGGGUUCUUUGUGACUGCCAGAUACGAAAGGGUGCUCCUUAAUUCCUACCCAGGGAAAUCUAACUAAUAGCAACGUACUACUCUUUCUUUUGUUUGGAAUUAUCUAGAAUGGUGAUGGGUGAAAUGCCAGGAGCCCAGGCCUCUACCACAGGAGAUCUUGGAAAGAAGAGGCAAGCUCCUUCUGCAGGAAAAUGGCACCCAAAUGAGCAGGGAGUCAUGCAAACUGGCUCUAGUGCUCUGAGGUUCCCUCAUGUGUACCUUUCCCCAGCAAUUGCGCGUUCUGCUUGGGCCUUUUGGUAUAUGAAGGGCUUGCCUAUGACUUGAGUUUCAGCAGGUACUGUCCUGUGUUGCUGUCUGUAUUUUCUAGUUCAUACUCUGUUCUUCCCCUAGCUCUGGCAUGAUCUGCCAACCCCAAUAGAUCACAUGUACUUCUGAACUGUCCAAAUAAAUAACCAUGUAGUCUGCAUCAGUGACUUGUUGGGCUGUGUGAGCAAGGGGCUGGCAGAAGAGAUGUGGAGGUGGGAUGGGAGCUCAGGAUCAGGAAGGUUCCCAUUUCAAAGCCCUGUGAUCUCUGGGCUGGAGUUCUUAAGUCUGUCUAGGAAACAAAGAACACCUUGCAGGGGGUGCUCUGAACUUCUUCUUUCUUUAAGCUGGAGUCUGUUCUGGGCUUGCCCAAUAGAGUCAAGACAAGAACUCCAAGUGCUAGGGACUGGCUGUGAAGGGGCCUCCAAACUCAGGCUGAUGUCAGUCUGCUGGGAUAGUUGGGGAAUGACCCAUCCCGAACGGCGUAUGGGUUGUUCUUUGGGUACACCAUGAAAACAGUCACUCCCAAAACCUGCUUGGGUGAUAUUUUUAGUCUUUUUCAACCUAGAUUUCCCCCCCCGCCCCCCUGCCCCUGGGCUUGUUGCACUUUAGUAGCAGGACCUGGGGACAUGCUCUGUGAGAGCCCUCCUCUGUCUUCUGCUGCACCAACUUACCUGCUUCCUGCUACACUGAACUUGUGUUUGCUUCUCUGCCUAAAGUGGUGAUUUCUCUUUUUUCUUUUUUUUUUUCUUUCCCUUGCUCAGCCUGUAUUGUUGUGUGCUGUAACUACAUGAAUUGGUUACAACCUGAAUAUUUUCUAUUUAUUAUAUUCUGUAUUUAAGUGUAUUGUGUAAAUAAACUGGUUUGUUUUGCUAAAGAAAACU